AUGGACGAACUCUUGGCAAAGCACCGCAAGGAGCAAAAGGACCUCCAAGGGCGAAUCACCCAGAAGAAAAAGUCCGCCACCAAGAAAACCCGCAAGGGCGUCAACGAUGAGUGCGAACGAAUGCAACGGGAUCUCACUGAGAAACAACAAGCCGAAAUUGCACAGCUGAACGGGGACCCGGCCGAAACCACCGAAGCUCUUGACGACCUGACCUUGGAAAGCGAGGCACCGACAAAUGGAGAAUCGAACGAAGACAACACAACACAACCUCAAACCGAGCCUACCCCGAUCGCCAACGAAGAAGAACCUGCGGCUCGCUUUAAGAAGCCUAACCGCCAAAAGGCUCGUCUUGCCCGCCGUGCUGCCGAACAAGCUGCCCAGGCCGAGGCCGCUGCAGAAGAAGCCGCCACUCAAACCAACUACCGAGGCAAUGAGCAGGAAGUUAUGGAUGCUGUGUUUAAGAAAUUGGGCUUGACGGAAGUCGAGGUCACUCCAGACGGCCACUGUCUGUAUUCUGCCGUUGCCAAACAGCUUGAUGACUCAGGAGUCGGCUUGCGGCCGGACCCAAGCCGAAUUAUCCUGCAGCCAACGACACAAUCCCGCAUUGAUACUGUCGUAUCACCGCAGCACGAUGGCUACCGAGCUGUUCGCGCUGUCGCGGCCGACUUCAUUACUGACCACAAGGAAGAAUUCGAGGCGUUCAUGGAAGAGCCCGUGGACGUCUAUACUCGGAAGAUCAAGCUGACGGCUGAGUGGGGUGGUCAGCUGGAGCUGCAGGCUAUUGCACGGGCAUAUGGAGUCGAUAUCAAUGUCGUACAAAAGGAUGGGAGAUUGGAGAAGAUUGAAUGCGGUGAUAUGGACAGCUUUGAUGACGAGGAAAAGCGCAGGCGCAUGAUAUGGCUGGCAUAUUACCGACACUCCUACGGGCUCGGGGAGCACUACAACGCUCUUUUCAAAAAAGCCUAG